GGACUCCGUCGGCGGAGGGCGCUGCCCCAGCAAGGCUACCAUCCAUGGAAAGACGGUCAUCAUCACGGGGGCCAACACUGGCAUUGGGAAGGAGACUGCCCGCGAGCUGGCCCGGAGGGGAGGCCGCAUCAUCCUGGCCUGUCGGGACUUAGACAAGUGUGAGGCUGCUGCCAGGGAGAUCCGGGGGGACACACUGAACCCCCGCGUGGAUGCCCGGCGCCUGGACCUCGCCUCUCUGAAGUCCAUCCGGGCCUUUGCCAAGCAGAUCGUGGAGGAGGAGGAGCGUGUGGACGUCCUCAUCAACAACGCCGCCGUGAUGCGCUGCCCCCACUGGACCACCGAGGACGGCUUUGAGAUGCAGCUGGGCGUCAACCAUCUGGGCCACUUCCUCCUGACCAACCUGCUGCUGGAGAAGCUGAAGGCGGCCGGGGCCUCGCGGGUCAUCACCGUCUCCUCGCUGGCCCACGCCGCCGGCCGCAUGGACUGGGAGGACCUGAACUGGGAGCGGCGGCCCUACGAGCCCAAAGCGGCCUAUUGCCAGAGCAAGCUGGCCCUGGUGCUGUUCACCCGCGAGCUGAGCCGGCGGCUGCAAGGGACUCAGGUCACUGCCAACUCCCUGCACCCCGGGGUGGCCAGCACCGAGCUGGGCAGACACACAGCCAUGCGUAACUCCAUGUUCUCGAGCACUGUCCUGGGCCCCUUCUUCUGGCUGCUGGUAAAGACGCCCAGCCUGGCGGCGCAGCCCAGCGUCUACCUGGCCGUGGCGCCGGAGCUCGGCCACGUCUCGGGCAAGUACUUCGACGCCUUCCGGGAGAAGCCGCCGGCCGAGCAGGCCCAGGACGACGAGGCGGCUCGGGAGCUCUGGGCCCGCAGCGCCCGGCUGGUGGGGCUCGAGGAGGCCGCUUAGAAUUCCCGCCUGGCCGGCCGCUCCGAAGGCCACCCCGGGGCCAAGACCGGGAAACCCCCACAGGAGACGGGCGCCGCGCUGCGGGCCUCGGCCUCGGCCAGACCAGGGACCUCCCGGCCCCCCCAGC